AUGAACUGGAAUUUCUCGCCGCUGACGUGGUGCAGGCCGUUCCCCAAGAAGGAAACAAUACCCCGUAGGCUCAUGGGACACUUGGAGUCACGGAGCACGUUACAGUAUUGCAUACCAGGAUCGAGAGACGAUCAGCCUAUUAGCACUUGUCGAUUCAAGGUGUCACUAGUGUGCAGGGAGUCCAGUAGCACGCCGUCGACGACUCAAUUCCACACAUCACGAUCGUUUUGCACAUUGGCGACCAGACUCGAGUUGCGCCAAAGCGGGUCUCCUAGCUUCAAGAAUUGCAGAAAUCCAUACCCCUCCAGGGGCCACGCAGUCUUCGUUAAUCGAUCGCUCCGAUUUGACCGUGGCGCAAUCUUUCCAGCACUUCCACCCUUGAUUCGCCAAUGA